AAUUUUAAAAAGUUUUAAAAUUAUUGAUCGGUUAAUAAAUAAUCAAAAUUUGGGAAUGUGGAUCUAUCUUUUUUACCCACAGUUAAGAAGGUUUUUCAAUUGUCAUUCGCUCUAUGGUCAGAGAUAUCCAACCUAAAAUAAACGUUGAUUCAUUAGUACGAUAAAGCGAUUUAAACAUUUUUUUGCAUUUGUCAUUGAACGAUAAUCAUUUAUUUUUCAACAACAUUCAACAGCGAACGAUAUUGUUAUGCAUGUUAAUACGUUAAAUAUUUACAAUGUGAUUAAUCUACGAAGUGAUAUAGUGAACAAGGAAAAGAAAUGUACAAGUUAAACAAUCUACUAUUCUUUUACUAUUUUGCAGUUGUUACUGUUUUUGCUGAUACACCUGUAGUGAAUGACAAUAUUUGCAUAUUUCGUGAACCUGUUUUUAGUGUUUUCACUUACAACUUUACCAGUCUUAUAAGUCCUACAAAGGAUGCUAUUGUAAAUGACGAACGUUUAAAUGUAACUGUACGUUUACAAUUAUGUUCUGCACUGAAACAAAAAUGCAAUGGAGAAGAUGGGUAUGGAAUUUGUUUAGUGAAAAACGAAAAAGAAAAAGGAAUAGGAAAAAUGCCUCCAGUGGUAAAUAUAACAAAUGGAAGAAUAAUGUUUGUAUUCACAGGUGAUAACUGUACAUCUGAUACUAAAUAUACUGUAAAUAUUUUUAUGAAAUGUGAUUAUAAAGCUGAAAACAAUUCUCUUCCGGAACCAUUUUCUCAUACAUUAGAAGGGUGUAACAUAUAUAUGAUAUGGAAAAGUGUUCUUGCUUGUGGGCCUCGAAUCAGAGGAAAUUGUACAGUAACAGAUAAAGGAUUGCAUUAUGAUUUAUCGCCUUUAACGAAAUAUUCAGACAAUUAUUUUGUUGCAAUAGAUAAAUCACCAAAAAUUAUAUUAAAUAUUUGUCAUUCUGUAAUAUUUGAAUACAAAGCCCUGUGUCAAUCGCAUUCUGGAGCUUGUUUACAGAAUUCUUCAUUCAAUGAAUAUGUGAAUUUGGGUGAUAUUCAAAACCCACCCUUUGUAACAGAUUCUGGAGAACUUAAACUUGAAUAUCAGGAUGGAGAUCUGUGUAAAGUGAGAAGUAUUUCAGUACCACAUAUUAAGACUUCUAUCACUUUUAAAUGUGAUUUCGAAGCUAUGAAUACAGAUCCAGAAUAUAUCGGUGGAAGUGAAGAGUGUCACUAUCAAAUAAUGUGGAGAACUGCAGCAGCUUGUAGUGUAGAAUCUUUACGUAAUCGUAGUAUAGCCACUGCUGGCAAUUGUACAGUGAAUAAUCCUCUUACAAAUUUUACGUAUGAUCUACGAUCUUUAAUGAAUAAAAACUCUUAUACAAUAUCAAAAAAUGGCAUAGAAUAUAAAUUUGGUGUAUGUGGAUCACCUGUGAAUAAUUCAUGUGUGGCAGGAACAGGAGUUUGUCUUACUCAGACUAGCAUAUCUAUGGGAAAGGCUAAUACAAAUUUAAUCUGGGAAGAGGGUGGACCAUAUUUAAAUUACACAGAUGGAGACAUAUGCGAGAAUGGAUUACAACGUUAUACAAUUAUUGCAUUUGUAUGUGGAGCAGAAGGAUCUCCAGAUAAACCACUUAUUAUGGAACAAAAUGCUUGUCAAUUGAUUAUACAUUGGAAUACUAAUUUAGUCUGUGAAAAAAGGGUGAAAUGCGCGACAGAAGAUGACGAAAUAAAUUUAAGUUCAUUGAUAAAAUCUGCCAAUAACUAUGUUGUAAAAGUAAAUAAAACUGAGUUUCAUAUAAAUAUAUGCAGGCCAUUAAUUCCUAUAUCAGGUUUAACAUGUGUACAUGGCAGUGCGGUUUGCAAAGCUUCAUUAAAUUCACGUAAUGAAUAUGUAGACGAAAUCAGUUUAGGGUUUCCAAAAGAAAAUCCUAUAUUGUAUAAAAACCAUGAAACUGUGUUACGUUACGUGGAUGGAUCUCCUUGCCCUGAAAAUCCAAAAAGAUUAAUUUCUUCAAAUUUUACAUUUCCGUGUUAUAAUAAUGGCAAGGGAUUUCCGGAAUUUAAAAGAUAUGAAGACUGCACUUACAUUUUUGAGUGGAAAACAAGUAUAACAUGUGGAGCUGCAAUGGGAAAUUGGACUUCUCCUUGCAUUAUACACGAUCAAUUACUUUCUUAUGAGUGCAAUCUGUCUCUGCUACAUAAAAAUGAAAAAGUAUACUAUGUGGAGAACAAACAGGGAAAAAAAUAUAGCAUAAGUAUAUGUGGUGGAGAAAAGAGCUGCAAUGGUUCUGCUGUAUGUGAAGGAAACAAUGGUUAUGGAACACUAGCAAAUGUAAUUUUUGAUUAUGGUAGAGAUGUUAUAAAACUUCAAUACUCUAAUGGUAGUAAAUGUGUAAAUAGCUCCUACACAUCCGAAGUACGAUUUAUAUGUAACGAAUCUAUAGGAAUUGGCACACCAAAGCUGUUAUGGGAAUCACCGUGCAGUGCAGAAUUCGAAUGGCAUACAAAUGUAACUUGUACCUGCCAAUCAAACUCUCAGCAACCUACUGUUCCUCCAAACGCACAGGAAGAUGUACAUGAAUUGGCUCCUAGUCAUACUGGUACAAUUGCAGGCAUCGUGCUGAGUGUUAUCGCCCUGGUAGCAGCGUUGCUUUAUUUUCGAGAUCCAGAUAAACGAGCAUGUUUGCGCUCUUGCAUUAAUCCAUUUUCCUUGAAAAGAGGCAGUAGUCGCGUUCAAUACUGCAGGGUCGACACUACAGAGGAAGCUCGUCUUUUGCUAGACGUCGACCCAACGCAGUGCCAAACAGAUAGCGAUGAUGAUCUUUUGAAUGCCUAGUCAUAUCUCAUUGUCGUUGUUCAUCCUUAAAAUUUUAUUUUAUCUAAGUUUCAAAACACACGAGGAAUAUGUACUCUUAUCGAACACGUGAAACUCUUGCUUGAAACGCGUGAAAACAUACUUCUCUGCUUUCUUUGCAUUACCAUUGGUUCCGUGCCAUAAAUUUAUUAGUAUUAACAUUUAGGACUGUCACGUAGAAGAAACGAUUUUAGUAAAUAUAGUUUUCGUGUUUCAAUGUAAUAAUUAA